GGAUUCCCCUCUAGCUAGUUAGCUUCUUCACAUGAUCGGCGAAAUCUCAAGCUAGAAUAUGCUCUCAAAGUGAAUUCAUGGCUCACGUUUUCUAUUUAGCUCUAACAACAGCGUCUCUGCUACCACGACUAAUAGACGGUUGUUUCUUUGGGAGCCAUCAUGCAAUUGGUGACGAUCAUAAAGAGAUUGUAUUAGAAGUUGAUGAAAACACGCCGUUUGCUGUAGAAUGCACAUGUCCAUACGAUUCGUCAGUUAUGACUCCUGAUGUCUCCUGGACCAUAAAUGGGAAAACGUUCCCAGAAAAGGAUACUGGAAAAGUGAAUUUGUCACAGCAAGUGUUGAAACACCAAUCUCUCGUUAGAGGGCAAAUUGACAUGGUUGCUGAUCGGUCUGAUUCAGGAAAUCUUUGCUGUCACCUUGACAAGAAGUUUUCUUGCUUAAAUCUUCUAAUUCGACCUAAAGAUGAUGUCAGAGUUAAGGCUGAUAUUGAUAUGUCUAUUUCUCACCGUUCCAACGGUAGGUCUAAUUGGACAAUUGAUGUAAACUGUACUGUUACUACUGACAAUCAGCGGUAUACCGAGAUGACACUUUUUUUGUGCUUACUAUUAACAAUGGAGAGAUGCUACAACCAGAUGAUUCAAUAGACGCCGAAAGAAAUCAUGAAUACUGGGAAAUACGAUAUUACUUUUAUAAUGUG